AUGGCUUCAUCACUUUCGAAUCUCUCGGCUGCUUCUCUACCGCCAUCGUCGCGUCUAUCCACUGGUUCCACCAACACCUAUGUCAUGUCCACCUCUCCUAGGUCAAGCCGCGCCUACUCGUCGCGUCGCCGCACUCACGACACCUACAUGCCUACCAUCAUGACUACUGUGGGCCAGAGGCCUGCUUGUCUCGUGAAUGCUUCCGUCACCUAUGUCGGUAACGACCAGAUCUAUGCUUUCGGCGGCUUCGAUCAAUAUACCGACGAAGUCUACAACCAUGUUCUCAGGCUGGACCUGCAAGCCAAGCAGUGGAGUCUGGUCGACAACUACGGCGACAUUCCUGGCGUGCGCAUGGGUAAGCUUGACACUCCCAUCACAAUCCUUUGCUUGUGCUGA